UACAUUCCGCAGCUGCGUCCUGGAAGUGACAUGCAUGUCUAUUUAUUUUUUAGCCCGAGAUAACAGUUAUCUCGAGAUAAUUUUCCGUAGUUGCGCUAGAGUUGUGUGAAGGUUUUAAAUUAAUUUAAUACUGACAAUUACUAAAAAUAUGUUGCUGAACUGUGUGUUGAGUUUGAGCAAAUUAGCCACAUGCUAACUGAGCUAACAAUUGAAUGUUGCUCAGAUAUUUUGACUUUUUGUCUCGUAAUAUUGUAUAUCACAACCAUUGUUUCAAACUACUCGGGAAAAUGAUAUGUGCGUCUUUUUUUUUUCAAUUAAUUUAAUGCGUUUUUAUUCAGUUGUUUACGUUUGAAACUAGGUUUGUUCGACCACGACAUCACAGUUUUCGUCUUCAUGCCAGUCGGUUUUCUCCUCCAAAAUAUAUAACACAGACGCCGUAUGAAUGUCAAACCUCAUGGUCCGGCGGCUGCCUGUUCCCAUGGAAACCAGCGCUGGGACGUUCACUCUUCGUGACUUGGCGGUUGCAGGAACCAGUUUCUUUUAAUGCUGACCUCAUUUGGACGGGAAAACUCGACUCUGUCGCCAUGGAGAUUUGGACGACCAGAGGAGCUGACAGAUGCCGGGCAUGUAACCCUACUGUAAUGGUCUUGUGGGUGGAUCGGGACAUGUGAUAGCGGCUGCGCGCCCCCUGCUGGCUGCAUCCCUCCGCUCCUCUGAGUUGGUAACCUUGCUGCGCGUCCUGGAGCUCCUCUGGUGGAAUGUCAGCGAGGUCUCGCCGCUGUCUGAUGCCGCCCCGAGGGUCUCUCCGCGGGUGAUCCAGGUGGUCCACCACCCUCCUCCUCCGGUCUCGUCUGACCAUCACGAUGAGCUGCGCUGUGGUUCCGGACGCGGGAGAGGAGUCCAGCAUCCGACUGGAGCCGCUCAAGAACACGCACUUGCCGGGCAAAGCGACACCGAGCCGCGGCUGUGGCAGAGCGGACCUGACGGACAAAGUGGCCGUGAACGGACUUCACGACAUCGAGGACCGGAUUUUGAGGAUCACCGGGUACUACGGCUACAACCCCGGGUACUCCAGCCACAGACGAGACGAUGAGAAUGAAGUGCAUGCCGAGACUCCAGGCAGCGACAGCAGCACAGAGAGCCGGUCCUACCACACCUGCACCAGCACAGCCCUGAAGGUUCUGGGCGGCCUGUUGAUGGUUCUGUGCGUCUCCUCCUCCUGGGUCGGCACCACUCAGGUGGUCAAGCUGACCUUCCAGUCCUUCUCCUGCCCGUUCUUCAUCUCCUGGUUCAGCAGCAACUGGAACAUCCUCUUCUUCCCGCUCUACUACGCCGGACACUUCAUGCUCACGCGGGAGAAACAGACGCCGAUCCAGAAGUUCAGGGAGUGCAGCCGGCUCUUCGGGGAGGACGGGAUGACGCUGAAGCUGUUUGUGAAAAGAACGGCGCCGUUCUCCAUCCUGUGGACGCUGACCAACUACCUGUACCUGCUGGCCUUGAAGAAGCUGACCGCCACCGACGUGUCGGCGCUCUACUGCUGCCACAAGGCCUUUGUCUUCCUGCUGUCCUGGAUCGUCCUCAAGGACCGCUUCAUGGGUGUCCGGAUCGUGGCGGCGAUCAUGGCCAUCACCGGCAUCGUCAUGAUGGCCUACGCCGACGGUUUCCACGGUGAUUCCUUUGUGGGCGUGGCCUUGGCUGUGGGGUCGGCCUCCACGUCUGCGCUGUACAAGGUAGGACCCGGGACGGACGCGGGCGAGCGUCCUAGGCUAACGCCGGCGUGCCGCGCAGGUUCUGUUCAAGAUGUUCCUAGGCAGCGCCAGCCUGGGGGAGGUGGCCCACUUCCUGUCCACCAUGGGCUUCUUCAACCUCAUCUUCAUCUCACUGGUGCCACUCAUCCUCUACUUCACCAAGAUGGAACACUGGGGGUCGCUGUCCUCGCUGCCGUGGGGCUACCUGUGCGGACUGGCAGGACUCUGGCUGGUGUUCAACGUCCUGGUGCACGUGGGGGUCGUGCUCACGUACCCCAUCCUCAUCUCCAUCGGAACGCUGCUCAGCGUGCCGGGGAACGCUGCCGUGGACGUGCUGAAGCACGAGGUCAUCUUCAGCGUGGUGCGUCUGGCCGCCACCUGCGUCAUCUGCCUGGGUUUCCUCCUGCUGCUGCUGCCCGAGGAGUGGGACGCCGUCACGCUGCGCUUCCUGGCCGCCAUCGCCGACAAGAAGUCGGAGGACCACGGCGAGGAGCUGACGGACUCCAGCGCCCACACCAGGGCCCGCAGCCGAGCCAACGGCGCCGUCUCCAUCCCGCUGGCGUGACGGCCCAGGCGGGACGGAUCCUCCGAACGCUGACCUUGACCACGGGACCUCCGUCACUCCGGAGACGAGAAAGGAAAGUGAUAUUUACUUUCUUCUGCACGCACUCCGGACAGGAAGUGACGCUGGCUGUGACUCGACCUUUGACCUGACUGUAUUCUGUGAAUAUAAAUGCCGACGGGCCGCGAGUGUAUUCAAGAUAUUUAUGUCGACACAACAGAGGUAUUGAUGCAACUGUAUUGUAGAUGAGACGGACCUGUGAGAGCUUUUUCAA